AUGCGCAUGGAAUGCGCGGACAAUUGGGAGUGCGCGUGGGAUUUACCUCGCGCCCAAGACGAUUCGACGACGCAUGCGGCCUACGCGCGGGACAGUGGCGCCAGGAAGAUAGAGCGGGGCGAGAUGCAGACAAUGCAUGGCACAGUGGGCCCCGUCAACGAGCAGGAGCACGACCUCUCGCUCAACGCGUUCAUGGGCGACAUCACCAUGAUCCACGCGGUGGUCUCGUCGGGCCCGAUCCCUCCUGUCACCGGAGUCAGCGAGGCAAUCUUGGAACGCCGGACGGGGCCUGGCGAAAGCGAGGAUCUCCCGGUUAUCUCGGAUCGCCAAGGUGUUCAGGAGAUGGGGGGCACCGCGCUGCUCGACAGCCCCGGGGAUGCGCAAGCUACCGUGGCGCAGACAGUGGCCAGGAACUUACAGGCGUCGGCGGGCGCCAGCGAGGAUGCAUGGAGCCGGAGAGGGGUGCGCAAGCAUUUCCUUCUGAUCCCCAGCCAGGUGAUCACGAACCAGAGUUCGUUGGCCCUUCUCUCGGCGGCGGAGAUCAGGGAUAUGAGCCCCAUGACAUCGGAUUUCUUCCUCGUGCCAGUCAGCAAUUUAGCGCUUCGGAAGUCGCCGGCAGCGGGGCAGAGCUACGGGGGCCAGGUCAGGGAGAAGGGCAAGGGGCGCAAGUUGGGGCCGCCGGGAAAACGCGCGGAAAUAGCGCUCAUGGAAGGGUUAGACAGAGCCAUGGGCGCACUGAACGAUUUCUUGAAGUUGAAGGGGGGCGACAGCGAACGCAGCCAGGCAAUGGUCGCAGAGGCGACCGGUAAGUGCGAGGUCAGCGAGAGCUACAAAGCGCGCAACAGAAAGAACAAUAACCCGAACCUGGACGAGGAGUUCUGGGGGGAGGAUUCGGACAUGAUCCAGAUCGGCAUCAACGGGCCCCCUAACUUCAGAGCGGCGCCCCCGAACAGCGCGAGGGAAGAAGCCUUGGCGAAGCAGGGCCAGUUCGCAGGCCACGACGCGAGGAUGGCGAUGGGGAUGCUGAUCGUCUACGUGGGAGGCAAGAAGUCCCAGUCGGCGGCGCCCAGGUCGGUGCUGCAGAUAGUCAAACGGCGGAGGAUCCAUUAUGCGGAGGACCUGUACGACCUGGCGAAGGACUGCCCGCGUUGCGACGGACCGCCCGAGGGGGGGCUGGGGGGCCCCGGCGCGGCCGCCGAGUCGACCGCCGCGGUGGAGGCGCUCUGCUCGGCGCUGACGAGCGGGACUGCCAACUUCCUGGUGGCCCCCAGGAGCGUCCCAGGGGCAGGCCCUGUGCGGCUGCUCGCCGGGGACUUCUCCGGAGGCCGCCGCGACGUGAAGCACGACAUCCUGGUCUAUGUCGGCGACGAGGCCACUGGCCGUCUGGACAUGCUGCUCGCCCGGCUGCUCGACGGGGACCCCACCGGCCGAGCCAGGGUCUUCGUGAGGUUGGCGAAAAGCUGGGCUAGGCACCGGGGCCUGGCGGGGCCUCUGCCCGGCGGCUCGUUCGUCUGGGCCCUGCUGGCGGCGCUGCCUCGGGCGGUCGCCGCGACCAUCGCGUACCUCCACCGCUGCCCUGCUGCGCCGGAGUGCCCGAGCUGCUCCUUGACCUGUCCUGCCCGUCCUUCUUUCACGUGCCCUCCGCCAGCCGCAGUCAGCUGCCCAGCGUGCCCCACGCUGGUCUGCCCCGCGGUGGCGGUCGAGGCGCCGCGCGCCGCUCCUGAGGGGCGUGCGGAGGCGCCGCGCUCUUGGCCUGCCUGCGCUGCUUGCGAGCAGCCGGCGGAGCCUGAGCGGGCGGCUCAGUCUCUCGGGGACGUGCGGUACGGUGACGACGUGCCAGGGCACGUGGCGACGGCAGCUGCGGUGCGCGGGCGCGACCUCCACAUCCUCGCCGACGGGAGUGCCCUGUUCGUUGAGGAGGUGCCGGCGGCCGAGUUGGAGGACUUCAUGGGGCGCGCGGUGGCAGCAGACGCUCGCGUGGUGCCCGUGAUGCGUACGGGCGCCCGCCGCGAGGUGACGUGGGCGGUCAUGGCUGUGCGCGUUCGUGAGGUGGACUUCGGGCGCGAUUGGCGGGUGACAGGCCCGCGGACGACGUUCUGGUGCAUCAAGUUCAUCAACAAUGAGGGGAUGGGCAUCGACGGGCAUCACGAUCGCUUGCGGGCGGUGGCGAAGCUCAAGCCGACCCAGUGGUGCGUGCAGGAGCACUUCCAGGGCACGCAGUACAUCCGCCCUUUGUCGCUCUCUGACCAGUGCGACGGCACGAACUUACAGGCUUGCGAGGCCAUCCUCUGUCGCAUGCAGACGAUCGAGUAUUCGUGCCUGGAGAAGUGCGACCGGGGGGCGCCUUCGCAUGGUCAAUUCGAACGUCUCUUCUUGGUCGUGAUGAGCCCGCACGUCUGGUUGCUCGCAAUCCUCUUCCUCUGCCAGUACCGCCAGUCUCAUCUGUAUGUGCUGACCGUGGUGGAUUUUUGUCGCGAGGAUGCCGCCAGCGGGUUCAGCAGCGUCACGCCCGCGAUCUCGACGUUCGGCGUCGACACCUCGGAAGCUCUGCGGAGGCUUCGAGCGCAUGGCUUCUACGGCUCCGACGAGGACGUGAAGCUGGGGAACUACAAUCCCGAUCUGCUCUCGCUGCCGUCCGCGGGGAGCCAUGCGGUUCCGCUCGCGGACUUGCGGGGCGCAGGCGGGCGCAGGCGCGUCGCGGAGUUCGUCCGCGAUAGUGUGCUACCUGCGGGGCCGGCGCUGGAGAGGAGGAAGAUGCGCGGCGUGAGGGCGCCCUAUUCCGACCCAGCUCUUCGCCAACCGCGUGUGUGGAGCGAUUUUGUUUCGCGGCUUCAUCACAGCGGCCUGCUAGAUUUUGCCUGCGACCGCGGCAGAGAGUCCGUGGAGUUCUUCUGUGUUCCGAAAAAGGAUCAGCGAUUGAGACUCGUUUGCGAUUGUCGUCACAGCAACGUUUGGUUUCGUGAGCCUGAUAAUGUGACCCUUUGUACUGGUGAGACCCUUGGGAACCUCGAAGUCGGUGAAGACGAGACGCUUUAUAUUUCGGAAGCUGACCUGUCCAAUGCUUUUUACCAUUUGCAGCUGCCUGUCGAGUUGCGGGAUCUGUUCACCCUUAGGCGCGUCCGUGCUCGGGAUAUCGGCUUGACUGAGAUCGACGGGAUGCCAGUGCGCGACGGGUAUGUCGACAACUUCGUGGCUAUUUCGACUGUCGCCUCCAAGGUGCAUCGCCUCGCGUCCGCCGUCGUGGAGGGUUUCAGGGAGGCGGGGUUGGUCGUGACCGCCGAUGUCGACUCGCCCGGAGAGGAUCUCGCUCGGGACCGCACCGUCUUGGGAUGGGAUAUCAGUUGUCGUGCCGCUGUCCUGAGGCUUGUGGGGCACAUGGGGUUUAUCAGCCUGGUCCGACGGGAAAGCCUCUCGGUCUUCGACGCGCUGUUCGCGUUCAUCCGCCGCUUCUACUCCGAGGAGGCCCCGCUGUGGCCCAGUGUCAUCAACGAGCUCACGAUCUGGGAGGGGAUCGCGCCGCUGCUGUGGCGCAACCUGAAGGCUGCCGCCGCUGCCGCCGUGUCCGACGACCCCGAGGUGCAGCGGCUGUCUGGAGUGCACGACAACGGGUCCGGAGGUCUCUGGGAUGUUGACGGGGGGCCGCCGCCUGCUGGCAGUGCCGCCGCCGUCCUGGGAUCAGGGCUCGGCGAUUCUCGUAGCACCGUGUUUCGUGAGGUACCCCUGAAGCUCUUAAGACGUGACUUGAAGAUCGUGGGGGGGCACAAGUGGAACGUUGAGGGGCCGAUGCCUAUCCUCGAGGGCCGGGCUAUCCUAUAUGCGCUCCGACACGCCCUGAGGAAUGUUCAGAACUUCGGGCGGCGGAUCGCGGCCCUGGGGGACGCCCUCGUCGCUGCCUGCGCUGUCUCGAAGGGGCGGUCUGAUUCGAGGGCGAUGCUGAAGGUCACCCAGUCCGUUGCUGCUCUUUGUCUGGCCACUGGGCGCGUGUUGCACUGCCGGUGGCUCCCCUCAGAGUGGAGCGUGGCUGACGGGCCCUCGAGAGGGCUUGCAGUACCGUCAGUGCCGCAGCCGCUGUCUCUCUCGAAGCCUCGCGAGCUGGAGUGGCUUCGCUCGGCUGGGCAGCCCGCGCCUGCCCAGCGGCCUCGCCCCGCGGCAGGAGGCGAUGCUGCUGCGAGCGUUGCCGUCGACCGGCUCCCCGCCGACUGGGUCGGCUUCGCGGCCCUCGGGGAGGAGCAGCCAGACGCGGACGCCAGCCGCUUCGACCCCAUCUUCAUCGGCGGCGUUUCCUUCGCGGGCCGCUCCCAGCAGCGCGCCGGCGGCUGUGCCCGCGUGAAGGAGGCGGCGAGGCGGCGGGCGGCCGCGACCGCGGCCGAGGGGCUGACCGUCUGCCAGACUCACUCGGUUCGCCCCGCUACGUUGCGGCUGUGCCAAGACGACUUUGCCUCGUUCAAGCGCUGGCUGAAUCGCCAGGGCCGCCUGAUGCCCGAGGGCGAGCUGGACGCCGACCAGACCCUCUCGCAGUACUUGGACGAGAUGUACCUCGACGGCGCGCACGUGAGCUUGGGGCAGCGGAUGCUCGCCGCGGUGCUGUUCCACCAGUCGGCGCUGAGCAAGGCGGGCGGCGCGCGGAUGGCGCGGGGCCGCCGCGCGCUCAAGGGCUGGCAGCGGCUGGCGCCUGCAGGCUCCAGGCUCGGGGUGCCGUACGAGGUGAUGCGCAUGAUCGUGAUGUGGAUGUGGGCGCACGGCCUGUGGGAGGAGGGGCUCGUGACCUGGCUGACGUUCGAGAUGUACUACCGCCCGAACGAGCCGUUCACCCUCCGCGCGCGGGACCUCGCGCCGCCGGUGGCGGGCUCGCGGGCCGGCGGCAGCUGGUCGCUGACGCUGCACGCCCGCGAGCACGGGGUGGCCUCAAAGACCCAGGAGUUCGACCAGGCGCAGCUCCUGGACCUGGACCGGCAGGCGUCUCUCGGCCCAGCGCUCGGCGCCAUGCUGGAGGCGCGCUUCGGGCCGCAGUGGCGCCAGGCGGUACUGAAGCGGCCUGCGGGGGCUGCUGCGGCCCCGCCCCUCUUCGCGAUCAGCACCACCCAGGCGGGGCAGGCGUUCGACAGGGCGGUGCAGGCGCUGGGGCUUCGGCGCGUGGGCGUGGUCUGCCGCUACCAGCUGCGCCACGGCGGCGCCAGCCACGACGCGGCGACCGCCUUGCGCGAGCCCCUGAGGGUCCCCGUGUUCGUGGAGAUCUUCUCCGGCUCAGGCAGGCUGGGGCGUGCUGCUGCGCAUGAAGGGCUGCAGGUGCUCUGGUGGGACAUCUCGUUCGGUGACGCCUAUGACCUGACGCUUCGCAAGAAUCAGAACCUGCUGUUAGGAGAGGUGCUCGCGCUGCAGCGCCUGGGCGCGCUGGCGUCCUUCGGUGAGCUCUGCGGCGACGUGGUCACGACAGGCCCGCCGGCGGCGGGGGUGUCCGCCGCGGCGCUGGCGCUUCCAGAGGACCCGCUGUCGAUGCUGAGCCUCUUCGCGCGGCUGACCCUGGACCUGCAGGCCUUUGGGCAGCCCAGCGCCGACCUGUGGGCUGGCGGCCUGGCCGCCGCCCCGCGGGGCCCGCCCCCCGCCGCGGGUCCGUCCCUGCAGAGCGGGCUGUGCCGGGCCGAGUUGCUCCGGCUCCGCAGCACGGUGGAGAGCCGCGCCGGCACGCUGCCGCGCGCGCGGCUGUCCCUGCAGACGCCCCCGCCGAGGGCGCCGAGCGCGGGGGCGGAGUCGGGGUCAAGCGGGGAGAAGCCUCUGCCGGCGGCCGGCGCGCCAAGAGGCCGGCGUGGCCCCGAGGACGCAGGGUGGUGGCACGCGGGCGGGGCCGCGGGGGGGGCCCAGGGGCCGCUGCCGUCCGCCAUGUCCAUUGACGCGGCGCCGUUCGUCCCGCAGGCGUGCCGGAUGCCAGGUGCCGCUUCUCUCGGAAUGGCGCCGCUCGCUGCGCCGUGGCCGGGCCUCGGCCCUGCAGGUGCAGCGGAGCGGCCUCUCGGUCCGGCUGCCGCGGCGCAGCCCGGCGACCGGUCGGCGCGCAGGGCGGUAAGGUGGACGGUCUCGUCAGGCUGGGUUGCGGCCAGGCUGGUCGGCGACACCGUCGUGGAGACCGCGCAGCUGAGCCUGGAGGCGUCCGAGGGGCGCAGCGUGGAGGAGUGGGAGAAGCGGCUGAAUCGCAGGGAGCACCUGCAUGAGUGGGGCUGGGCCAUGGCCCCGGGCGGCGCCGCCACGCUCGCGGUGAGCGCCGCGGUGGGGGCGCCGGCUGCCUGGGCCGGGCUGCGCUGGGCAACGAGCUGGCUGGCGGCGCUGGUGGCCGCCUCGACCAGCUGCCCGUCCUGCGUGUGCCACGCGCCGCAGUGGCCCCCGCCCACGCCGCCGGCGCCGCCUCCACCGCCAGCGCCAAGCGCCGGCGCGGUGGCCGCGGCCGUGGCGCAGAAGCUUGGGCCCUUGCUGGCGGCGAACUCCUCGCCGGCGCCGGCCUCCUGCCCCUCGGCCGACGAGGUGGCCGCGGCGCUGCUGGAGCGGCUGCCGCCCCUGAGGCCUGAGGAGGCCCGUGCGGCGCCGUCCGCGCCCGAGGAUGGCCCAGCCGUGGGCGAGGGCUGUCCCUUCGCCUUCAUCUUGGCGUGGGGGGUCGCCUGCGGGGAGGCGGUGGUCUCGAUGUGCUGCUGCGUGGCGGCCCGACGAGUGCUGCUCUACCCCGCGGGGGGCACGUACUGGUGGGUGCUGACGCCGGACGGCGACCGGUGCGCCGAGGACGUGUCGGGUUCGGUCGGCGACGGCUGCAACAGGGCCUUCACCGUCGCGCUGGAUGGCACGGCGCCCGCCUUGGCCCAUGGCGCGUCCUACCGGCUCGCGCAGCCGCUGACCUGGGAGGAGCUGCGCGCCGCCGUGCUCAGGUCGAGGACUGAUCAGCAGGUGCACGUUGGCGACGAGCCGCUGGUUGAUCCCGCGGAGGUGGUGCUGGAGUCUGGCGGUGUCAGGCUGGACGACGACCACGCAAUGGUGAGGGAAGCCGGCGUUUGGCAGCUCGCGGAGGCGAUCCCCGUCGGCGCGGCGGACACCUUCAGAGACAGGCCCCCGAGGGAGCUGCUCGGGCUGGUCGAGAGGGACCUGCCCGCCGACGCCCGUGCGGGGGGGCCGCCCCUGCCGCCGCCGGCCUUGCCACCUGGCGGCGAGGCCGACCCCGCGCGCGGAGCUGCCGAGGCCGCCGGCCCCAGCGCUGGCGAUCAGGACCUGAGAGACAGGCUGGGGGUGCCCCCCCUGGGGGGGGCGCGCGAGGCGGACUCGGUCGAUGACGUGAGGACGCUGCGGGUUCAGCACGACGAGCAGGGAGACCGCCACAGGCCGCGGGGCGUGGUCGCCCGCGAGAUCAAGAAGUACACGUUCGAGGACUGGCCGUUUGAGGACGGCCUCAGCACGGUGGAGCACAUGGCGAAGCGCUGGGAGCAGAACGGCGGCUCCCCUCUGCUCCGGUUGGACCUGCGGGCGCGGGGCCGCCAGCUGAGCCAGACGGGCCGCAGCUACAUCGAGAUGAAGUGCCUGCUCACAUCGAUCUUCCACGCGGGAAGCUACGACCAGCCCCCGAAGUGGGGCGGGCUGCGGCACUACGUGGGCGUGGCAGGCCCGAUGGACGCGAUUGACCCAGCCUUGAGGACCGCAGUCUUCCGCCGCAACAAGGAGGAGAUGGAGCCGGAGAGCUUGAAUAGCCGGGCUGCCGGGCUCCCUCUGCCCAGCCCCCUGGCGCCAGAGGCCGGCGAGGGGCUGCCGAGCGGGCUGAGCGACCACGAGAGGGAUUGGCCGCAGCUCCAGGGCCGCGGGGCUGCUCGGCUCGCCAGGCGAGCCUGCCAGGACUUCGAGGUCGUCGACGCCUUGAAUUGGUUGAUGAAGCGCACAGGCGACAGGUCGAAUAUUGACCAGAUGAAGGUGCACGCGCGGAUCCUGGAAUGCGUGGCUGAGUGCAUGCCGCCGAUGGAGACCGCGAUCCCUUCCCCGCGAGCGGCCUUUUCUGAGCUGCUGCACGGCCGCAGUGUCUACGACGAGUCGGCCGGACGGAACGUCGGACGUCUUCGCAACGCGGGGCAGAUAUCUUUACCUGAGACCGCGGUGGGGGGCGUCGAGUGCGGUGGCCAGCCGGACCUCGGUUUCACGCUGGGCACCUCCGACAUCAGCGACGAGAUCGGGGUGACCGGCAGGGCCAUCGGGGGCAGCGCCGCGCCUCCCGACCGCCGCCUGGUGCCAGCCUGCGCCGCCCUGCCGAUGGGGUCCACCUGGUCGCUCUAUUUCUGCCGGGAGGUGGGCGAGGCCGUCAUGGGCGCCACGCCCGGACUGGAGCGGGCCCACCGCAUGAGCGACCAGGGCCCUACGACAGCGCUUCGGCCGUCGGCCCAGCUGGCCGAGGGGGGAGGCGCUCAGCAUACGUGCGUCGACAACCUCGGGGUGAUGGGCUUCGACGGCGCAGAGGUGUCCUCGAGCUUCGCCGCCGCCACCACGAGGUUCGACGCCGCGGGCCUGAGGACGCACGGGACGGACAUUCAGAGGGGCCGCGGCGUGACGCUGGGCUGCGUGCUGGACGGGGUCUCGCUGACCACCAGGCUCACGGCCAAACGCUACUGGCGGGUGCGACAAGGUGUCUCGUGGGCCCUGAGCUGCAGAGCCCUGCCAGGCUGGACAUGGGAGAUCGUCCUCGGCCACUGCACUUACUGCGCCACGUGCAACCGCGACCUCCUCCCGGUCUUCAACGCGAUGUACAAGUUCAUAGCGGCCCACUACCAGGAGGCUGCGCCGCUCUGGCCCACGGCGCGGGCCGAGAUGGUUGCCUUCCGGGGCCUGAUGCCCUUGCUGCGCGGCGACUGGACGCUCCCGCGGUGCCCGCUGGUCUGCCUCUCCGACGCGUCGGAGCACGGCUGCGCGGUGAGCGCCUCGCUGUUCGAGCCGGCCGCUGUGAAGGAGAUCGGGCGGGUGCAGGAGCGAUCCCGUUUCCGCCGCCUGGGCGGCCAUUCGGCUCGGGCCCGUUUCUUCGCCAGCAACGGCAUCGUGAUGACCAGUGCAGGGACGUUCAAAGAUGCUGCCGAUCUUGGUGAGCAUGACGAGGUUGCGCCCCAGACUCAGUGGGGGCUUGACAGAACUUUCAAAGAGAUGGCAGCGGAGAUCUUCUCAGGGCCCCGCUGGACAGAUCUAGUCGCCCGUGGGUGGCUUAAUACUUCGGAAGACAUUCUGGUCUACGAAUCACGUGCCCUCCUGCGAGCUGUAGAAAUAUUGUGCAGCCUGUCACCGCGAGAGGGCGAGCGUGCCGUCGUCAUGAGCGACAACCUGCCCGCAGUGCUGUGCUUUGAGAGGAGGAGAGCAAAAAACUUUCUUGUCCUCGCAUGCAUUCGUCGGGCUGUCGCCCUGUGCCUCUCCCUCAACAAGCGCCUGCACGUGAUAUGGGUCCCGGGCGAGCUCAACCCGAGCGACGAAGGCUUUAGGCUGUACGACCCAGGCUACGACCCCGGUAAGACCCUGGUGCACUCUUGGGAAGCUUCUGAGGACUACGGCAAAGUACCAGUGAAUCGUAGGCUACCCCAGCAUGUACAUGAGCAAGAUAAUGCACGCACCAAGACGACGCACUACUGCAAGCACGUGGAUACGGAGAACUGCAAGCACGACAAGUUUGGCAAACAUGAGAGCACGAGCAAGCACACAGUCAUGGGCCUCACCAGUACCUCAGCCACUACGAGCACGAGCCCCAGAACAGCCCCGCAGGCCCUCGACGAGCCCACCGAGACCCCCGGCACUCUAGACCCUCAGGACCUCCACGAGCCCCAGAGGAGCCAGCCUGCCGCCGUCGCCACCUCGGCUCCCGAGUGCGCCCCUGCGGGGGAGCUCCGGCGACCCGCCGCGGCGGUGGGCGAUCAGGGGCGCGACGACCAGCGUGCCCAUGGCGUCUGGCCCGCCGACAAGUCAGGGGCACUGUCGCCGCCUGGCAACGCCGCUGCCGGCAGGCCGGAGGGCCUGCCGAGCGGGCCACAGGCGCCAGCCAGCCAGGCGCGGGCGCUGGGAGCGCCCCGGGACGGCGUGCGGCAGCGGCUCACCCUGGCCCCGCCCGCCUCAGGGGCCGCGGCGCCCGACCUAGAGGCGAACUGCAGCCCGACGGGCGACGGCGAGGGCAGCGACGCCACGACCGUGGCCAACGAGGCAGAGGCAGCUCGCACCCGUCAGCUCCGCCAGACGGCCCGGCACCACGCUCGGGCAGUCGCCCAGGCCAAGGCGCCGCCCACCCUGGCGGGGUUCACGCUGCUGGAGCGCUCAGCGGUGAGGCUGGGCACAGAGGCGCGGUACCAGGUAGAGCUCAAGGCCUUCAUCGACGCCGCCAAGGAGCGCCAGCUCGUCGUGGACAGCGAGGUGGACGAUGUGCUCGUGCACUACAUGAACGGGCUAUACGAGUCGGGCCAUCACUCGAACAAGGGCGACGUGUUGCUGUCGGCCUUGCUGCACUUCCAGCCCCAGCAUGGCAAGCUGGGGAGAUCGCGCUUCCUCCGGGCCUGGCGAUGCCUGAAGGGGUGGCGCCGGAGAUGCGGGCGGCGCUCAAGGAACCCAGUCGUCCGCAUGGUGUGGUCAGCUGUCGUCUGGGGCCUCUGCUGCCGAGGGUGCUGGCUCAUGGGGGUGCACAUCCUGUGGAUGAUCGUGACGCACCGCCGCCCAGGCGAGCCGCUCGCAAUCCAGCGCCAGGAUCUCAUCCAGCCAGCAGAGGGAAGCUCGAACGUUUGGGGGAUGCUGCUGUUCCCGCAGUCGAGGGCGGCCACCCUCAAGAUGCUGGACCUACAGAACCGCCACGGCUAUCACAUGGAGCUGAAAAAGCGAAGCGGGCGGCAAUGCAAGAGCUCGCUCAAGAGAUACCAGAACGCCGCCAGGCUAAGCCUCUCUGCCCCCCGCCUGCUGCCUUGGCAGGUGGCUGCCCCUCGAAAGGCGGACCAGUAA